AUGAGGCGAUUGCGGGAGAAGGAACCGGUGCGCAAUCUCGUACGCGAAACCCGGUUGGAUACCGCUAAUUUCAUCUACCCGAUGUUCGUAACCCACGGUGAAAACAUUCGCAAUGAGAUAGAGCCCAUGCCCGGUUGCUUCCACACGUCCAUCGACCGGCUCCAUGAAGAAAUCGACGAGAUCGUCGAGCUGGGGAUACCGUCGGUAUUGCUUUUUGGUUUGCCGCCGGAAAAAGACGCAGUUGGCAGCGGCGCUUACGAUCCUGAAGGAAUUAUUCAGGAGGCCACCCGCACAAUCAAAGAGAGAGCCCCGGGCCUGAUGGUCAUCGGAGAUGUUUGCCUGUGCGAAUACACCGAUCACGGACACUGCGGCCUGAUUGACAACGGCAAGGUCGAUAACGACGGCACCCUUGAGUUGUUGGCUCGUUCGGCGCUGACGCAAGUGCAGGCCGGCGCAGACAUGGUGGCUCCAUCGUCGAUGAUGGACGGGCAGGUGCGCGCCAUCCGAGAAACCCUCGACGCCCACGGCUACGAUGACACUCCCAUCAUGGGAUACGCGGCCAAGUACGCAUCAUCGUUCUAUGGACCGUUCCGCGUCGCCGCAGACUCUACGCCUCAGUUUGGUGAUCGUCGCAGCUACCAGAUGGACUCCGCCAACCGGCGCAUGGCAAUGCGCGAGAUCGAAUCGGACAUCGCCGAAGGCGCAGACAUCGUGAUGGUCAAACCGGCUAUGGCUUAUCUGGACGUGAUCAAAGAGGCCCGCGACCGGUAUGACUACCCGCUUGCCGCCUACAACGUUAGCGGCGAAUACUCCAUGGUGAAAGCUGCCUCUCGAGCCGGUUGGGUGGACGAAAAACCCAUCACCCUGGAACUGCUCACCGCCAUCCGUCGGGCUGGCGCAGACAUCAUCAUCUCCUACCACGCCAAGGAAGUGGCCCGCUGGCUGCGAGGCGCGGAAUAA